AACUCCCACGAAGCACUCCCUCACUACGUAGCCUCUGUGCGGAUCCGGGAUCUGGGCCGAGAGAAAAAGUUGGAGGCUGAAAAAAACACGUCGCCACCCUGGUGUAUUUUUAUAAAUGGAGCCAAAGUGAGUGUGUGGGAGCUGUGGAAUGAAUCUGGAGUCGAUCCGAGGACGAUGAGGUCUGAUCUGCGGUAGAUUGAUCAACUUUGGAUGGAGUUUGUUUCUUUCAGCAGACAGAAGCAGUGAAGGGGGGGGGUCGGAAUUUACCGGUGACAAAUCUGGGAGAGAGAGAGAAAAAAGAAGAAGAGGAUCCAGUCUUCACGGCAACAUCUAAAAAGUACUUUGAAUCAGAGGGAAACACGUGGAGAGGAUCUUUGAACAAACUCAGUCACUUUGGAGAGCAGCUCCAGUCAUGGCGAAAAAGUAUGAUUUCCUUUACAAACUGUUGCUCAUCGGGGACAGCGGAGUGGGGAAGACAUGUCUGAUCAUCCGCUUUGCUGAGGACAAUUUCAACUCCACUUACAUCUCCACCAUCGGCAUUGACUUCAAAGUGAAAACCAUUGAAGUGGAUGGAAAGAAAGUGAAACUACAAGUCUGGGACACAGCAGGGCAGGAGAGGUUCAAGACCAUUACGACAGCCUACUACAGAGGAGCCAUGGGCAUCAUCCUGGUGUACGACAUCACUGACGAGAAGUCCUAUGAGAACAUUCAGAACUGGAUGAAGAGCAUCAAAGAGAACGCAUCAGCCGGGGUCAGUCGGAUGUUGCUAGGUAAUAAGUGCGACAUUGAGGCAAAGCGAAAGGUUACCAAGGAGACGGGAGAGAAGCUGGCUAAAGAUCACGGGAUCAGGUUCUUUGAGACCAGUGCAAAGUCCAGCAUUAAUGUUGAGGAGUCUUUCCUGGCUUUUGCAAGAGACAUACUUCAGAAAUCCAGCAAGAAACCAAGUCCCACAGGUCGAGAGGUGAAAAUCACCAGCAGCACAGUGAAAAAAUCCUCCAACUGUGCUCUGCUCUAGACGUGACACUGGCGAGCACACAGAAGAAACACACAAUACAAAUUUAAGAACACAUCAGUAUAAGUGGAGGAACACAGUACAACGUGUGUUCUGUCUCCAUCUAGUGGGGUUAAUGACAAAAUACACACAGGUGUAUGUUGGUUUCCCAAGAAUUUUACAGCAAAAGUAAUUUAUGGAUUCCUCUUCUGAGAAAGUGCCUGUAUUUUAUAUUGGACAUAUUUUCUGCUGCUACAUCUACUGUGAUAGCCUUAUUGUCAUGAAGAGUUGGUGAAGUGGAGUCUUGGAUGAGUUUGAUAGAAACUCAAAAACCACCUUUAAUACCGCUUUACAUUUUAAUUUCCACUUUUUAUCACUCUGGCUUAUCAGCAGCAGCACCGUCUUAUGUCUUGGAUGAACUUCAGCUGUGUUUUAAAAAAUAUAUUUACUGGACUCGUCAGCUCUGUAAAAAAAAUCACUCCUCGGCUUAUUGGAACAAUUUCAUUUAUUUCAUUUGUGAACAUACAGUGGUAGUUUGUGGCAUAGGAAGAGUUUGUUUUGAUUUAAAGUGCACACUAUAGGCCCCUGGUUGAAGCCUUUUUACCCAAAACGUCAUUUUUGUUAACCUUUUCAAAGAUUUCAAAAGGUGACAGGCAUGUUAGUGAUUUUGUUGGAUGGAAAUCAGAUGGAAACGCUAAUACGAUUGAACAAUAAGUCAUAAAUCGCCUUUGGUUAGCAAUGCACUUUCAUUGUUGUCUGUUCACUGUUUCAAAUGUAUUGAUUUGUUCAAUAUUACAACAGCAAACAGACAUAGACAUCUGCCACAUGAGAGACAGUGGCACAUAAACAAACUCAACAGAUAAUUGAGAUUUAAAUGUCAGCAGAAUUUAUAUUUACAUUUCCUCAUGGUUAUUAUAUGUGUAUCUCUAUGCAAACUGUUGAUGUGUUUUAAUAGUGCACAGCAUUUUAAUGAAUUCCACAGAAUCUAAGGUACAAGUAGAACUACAUUACCCAAUGGGAAAACUUCUUGUUACAUCCUAUGACAAAUUGAGAAGAUGCUCUUUGCAGUAAGUAAUUGAACAAGUUGAUGUUGGUUGUUUGUUGAAACUGAAACAAACACCACUGGUAAACUGGCUUUGUUUUAACGGAGGCGUGGAAUGAGUACGUGGUAGAUGGGAACAGAGAUAAGUGCAAUAUGAGAGGGUGUGUGGCGAGAUAAAAGAAUGAUGGAUAAAGCAAGUGGAUGGACAGGAUGUAGGAAGCACACAAUGCUCCCAUGUCCCUCAUUUUCAAUUGAUUUAGUGGAUCUUGCCUUUUAUGUGAAGUGCCUGGUAAAUCUCUGACCAAACACAACCACACAUUAGCUAUAUCUGACAUGACAUGUUUCUCUGUUCAGGCAGUUUUCAGAACCGCAAGUGUGAUGGCCACAGCUCUUCUGAUCCUGACAGUCUUUUUUUAUCCUGCACAGACACACUGAAUUUCCUGUAACAAGUUCUGUCACAUUUUGUCUUUUUACUUUUGCCACAAAUCUCUGUAUGUAGUUUACAGAUGUUCCACUUGCUGAAUAAAUUUUUUAAAGUGUAA